AUGCCUCUACCGCGACAACCUCUCUCGACCUUCUCAAGAACAACUGCGCGACCGAGACUACAAUGGCACACGCCCUUCCACCGCGCCCAAACCCGCGCAUACCGCCGCCCCUUCAACUACCAACGCUUCCAACAAUCCCGCAACCUCUUCCAACGCUGGGCCGCCCGUCCAACCUUCUACUACGAAGUCGGCGGCCUCGGCGGCGCAUGCGGCGGCUACUACAUUUACAACCUGCAAGAAGUGCCUGUCUCAGGGCGGAAACGAUUCAACGUCGUCUCGCCCGAAUUUGAGAAGAAGCAAGGGCAGGGCAUGUAUCAGCAAGUCCUACAGGAGUAUGGGAAGAAGCUGAUGCCGGCGUAUACGAAGGAGCAUCGGCAGGUUCAGAGGGUGCUGGAUCGGCUGGUGCCAAACUCGGGGCUGGAGGGGGAGGAGUGGGAGAUUCAUGUGAUUGAUGAUCCCAUGAUCAACGCGUUCGUGGUGCCAGGCGGGAAGGUGUUUGUGUUUCGGGGAAUCUUGGAUGUGUGUCAGGGGGAUGAUGGAUUGGCUGCGGUGUUGGGGCAUGAGAUUGCGCAUAACGUUGCUCAUCACGCGGCGGAGCGGAUGUCGCAGUUUGCUAUCCUGGCGCCGAUUGGGAUUCUGGCGUGGGUGUUCGCCGGUAUCGACCCGAGCAUUGUGCAAUUUGCGUCGAGUUUGGCGUUCACGUUGCCCGGAUCGAGGAGGCAGGAGGAGGAGGCGGACUAUAUCGGGUUGAUGAUGAUGGCGGAGAGCUGCUACGAUCCAGAGGUUGCAGUUGGGUUCUGGGGCAGGAUGGAGAAGGCCAACCAAGGGGAGCCGCCGCAGUUUCUCAGCACGCACCCGAGCAGUCAUAACCGGCAGGACAAGAUCCGCGGGUGGUUGCCAAAGGCGGCGGAUCGGAGGGAGCAGAGUGAUUGCGGCAUUGCGGGAGCUUAUGACUCGGCGUCUGAGAGAUCCUUCCGCAAACCACACCGUCGACUGCUGGACGCGCGCAACGGGCUCGACGAAAUGACUUACGAUAUCACGACCCAUCCGGAGCAGAAGCUUGACGAGCAUGCAGCAGCCAGGCUCUUCAUAUGCUCCAGCGAAAUCGCUUCUCCUGACGAUGUGUUAUAUUACUACGAGAUCAACGAUUCCAACGAAGCUAUCCACAUCCUUCUUUGCAUGGAGAAGGCAGAACAACUCAGCAGACGGAGUAUCAACAAAUCUCAGUGCCUGGUAUACAACAUAACGUUAUCCAGUCGCCGGUCGUUUGUUGACCUGGCGUUGUUGGUGCGGUUCAUCGCGUUAUGA